AUGCCGUCCUCGGCAUCCACUUUGACAUUCCCUGCACUGUCGCCGCUGCCACAGCAACAACAGCAAUACAUGCACCAUCUACGCACCUGCGCCCCCGCCGCUGCCAACAGCAGCAACAACAACAACAUGACCGACUCUCCCCACGCUGAGGACGCCGCCGAGGGCACCACCCUGAUUAACGAUGCCGAUGUCAAGGCUAAGGCCGCCGAGGCCAAGAGGGAGGCCGCCGCUAAUAAGAAGAAGGAGAAGUUCGCCGCCGCCGCCGCCAAGGGAAGGGCCGACGCCGCCGCCGCCGCCGCCAGGCUGAAGGCGCAGAUUGCUGCCGCUGCCGAGGCCGAGGCCGCCAAGGAAGAUAAGGCCAAGGGCAAGGCCAAGACCCCCAAAGGCGAGCUCGUCGAUCGCGACGCCCCCUGCGACAGGUGCCUCGGGCACCUCAUUGAUAUCUGUCUGGGCCACCGCAAGUCCACCACCCCCGGGGAGGUGGACUGUCGUAACGAUAGCGAGGUCGCCAGCACCAAGUGCUGGAAGUGUGCCAGUAACGGCCGGGCCUGCGAGCCCACCCGAGGCACUCGGAUGUGCUCCCUGGCGGCAAAGCUGUACGCCGACCCUACCGACAGGACCACGGCCCUGGAGCUCAAAAAGCUCCGGGCCGCUGCGAAAGAGAGGGCCAAGAAGGCCAAGAGCACCCCAGCCGCCGCCGCUGCCAGUACUCGCGGCUCGCGCGCCGCCACCUCGCGGGAGGUAGCUUCGUUGUCGCGGCGUAUUCGCCGUGCCAACAAGCUGGCCACCCGGCAACUGGCGCUGUCGGAGCAGAUCGCCCGGCGUCUCUGCGCCGAGGACUUCGUGCCGCUCCCGCCUCUGUCGGACGAGGAGAUGACCGAGGAGGAUGAGUCUGAGGAGGAUUAA